GACCACGUGUCUCUCUCCGGCCUCCCAGCGGACCAUGUGGAGCAGCAAGAUGGCGGUGCGGUGGAGGGGGAAUGUCGAGGAUUUAAAUGCCGGGAACAGCGACUUUCUGACCAGCAACAACCCCAAUGAGUUGCUCUUGAGUAGACGUGACAUGGAAGCCGUGGAGAUGGACGCUCAGUCCUGCGUGGAUCACUCAAUCCUGGCAAUUUUUGAAGACUCCACUGUCGCAUCAGAGGAUAAGAGUGGAGCGGAGGAGGAGAGAGAGACCCUGCUGUCGGCCCUGAGCGAGAUGUUGGACAGUGUGGAGGAUGACGAUGUAACUCUGUCUCCCUUCGACACCCUGCCAGACACCAAGCUCCUCACCCACCCAGAGCGCAGGGAGAACUCACUGGAUCUUUCACUAUAUGAAAGGCUGAGGCCAAGAUCCAAAUCACGAAAUGGAACACUCUCGAUAAAGAUUGAUGGAGACAAAGAAGCGGAAAGCAAAUUGGAGAGAACCAACCCUUCACAUCUGUUCAAAAAACAAAAAUGUAUCCACUCCCAAAAUAUAAAAGCAGAGAAUGAAGUGGAGAUCUUCACCUCCACUUCUCUGGUCAACCUGGUGAAGCUCAUGCACCCCUACUGCCUGAAGCUGCAUGUGGAGGAGGAGGAGGCGGAUAAACUGAAGGAGCACACAUUGUUCUCUCAGGAAGAGGUGUGGAAGUACGAGAGACCCAGUGAGGACAGCGACGAAGAGAUCAAUGUUGUUUCUGAUGACGAGGUGGGAGAAGUAAAUAGGGAAGAAGAAAAGAGAGAUAAUGACAGCGUCUUAAAGAGCGCGUUGCUGAAUGUACUAUCAUCCAGAACUCCCCCAUCCAGAGAGAAGAAAAAGGUGAGCUUUGGCCCCGUUCAGGUGGUUUCACUCGAUGAAUCGGCAGAAGAAGAAUUAAACGAGUCAAAUCUAAUGAGUCAAAGUGUGUCUGUUCCACUGAACGUCACCAAAGCAAUUGAAAACUCAGCGGGCUCCCCACUUGAACCCCAAACAUCGUCCUCAGAAAUGAACAGCAACACGGCUGAGGUUUCUCUACUUAAAGCUGAGACAAAGGCCAAAUCGCUCAGCCUCCAAGAGUACAGACAGCUGCGCAAGAGGAGGCAGCCCCUGGUGGAGAAACAGGGGAACAACAUCACCAAGUGGCCCUGCGUUUCUGAGCCCCCCACAGAGCUGACCCCCAUCUGUUUACAUGGACAAAACAGCUGCUGUCCAAAGGCAGCGCACCAUAAUCCAGACAGUAGGAGAACUUCUGCCGAUCAUAAAUCUCAAACUCAGCCCAGGCCUCACCCCUCCACUCAAGCACGUCACAGCGGGUUAAAGCGACCAAGAACUGAAUCCAAAAUCCUCUCACCCACCAGUCUGCAGGCAAACGUCACAGUUAAUCAGAAUGUUUCAGAGAGCAAAAAAAGUCCAAUAAAAAAGCCUCUCAAUAUUGAUCCCCCAAACCCCGUCUUUCUCCAUUUGCCAACGAGCCAGACAACACUGCCCACUACUGACCACUCCUCAUCAGAGUCCAAAGUGGAGUUCUGCAGUAGAGACUCUGACAGCAUCAAGCACUUACAUCAAAUUCAAACUGAAUCCUCAGGCACAUCAACUCAAAGACAGCCAUCCACCUCCGGCACGAGUCCUGAGGUGUUGUUAGUGAACCAGGGCUACUCCACCCUUUUACAGGAAAUUAAAAACAAGCUCACAGAGAUAGCCUCAGGUGUCACCUCCAGACCUCAAGCACUGUGCCCAACCUCAACACAAACCAAAUGUUCCUCAGAGCUCAAAACCCUGCAGCCUCAGAGAAGCAGUCCAAACCAGACGAUAGGAGUCAAGCUGCAACCAAAGAAUCCUCCGUCACCAGGUCCGGAUACAGUGAGGGAAAUGAAGCGUCCUUCCCUCACAGCACCGCCUAUUCCCCUAGAUGCUCCCACACCAGUGAAGGAGACGUUAUCAGAGGUUCCCCCCAGUGUAUCCGCCUUAGAGAAACCAGCCGACUCAGGAAUCGAAGCGCCCGAUCUCACCAGCCUACUGGAACAGUUUGAGGAAACACAAGCUCAAGGGUUGAGGGUUGGAGAGAAAGAGCUCAAACUUGCUACCUCAUCUUCAAACGUACUGACAGACGGACACUUGGACAGAACUCAGCCUGCAGUGGAAGCACUUGUACCAAAUCCAAAAACCCUCAGGGACUCCCCAUACCUUCAAACGUCACCUGACAUCCCAGAGCCCCUCGGCACUGAAAUCAUCCUCAGCACUCAACAACAUCAGCCAGCAAGGCGCAAAAAUCCUCUGUCCAAGGCCAUUCAGAUUAUCGACCCCCGUCCUCUGCCGUUCAAGAGGACACACACGAACCUCCCAGAGCUCCCUGCUGCUCGUCCCUCUCCUCCCAUGUACUCGGCUGUGUUCAUCGAUCACGAUUACUGCGGGUCAACGACAAGUGCCGCUCAGCACUGCAGAACAUCUAAACCCAAGGAUGAGCCGAAAAUAACUGAUGAAUUACAGAGGAAUACCAGUGACUCGAUCGCUGCUGCUGAAUGCAAACAACAGACCUCCACCUGUGACGUUAACCCCCCCAUCAGGGCUGCGGAUGACUCCGCAAAGACGAGUCGGUCCACAGACAAAGUUGUUAAAAGAAUCGCUGCCACCGAGCAAGAUUGUAGUCUUGAGACACCCCUGUGCACUCUGCCCACACCUCCACCCAGCCCUCCUUCCAGAGGCAGGGAGAGGAGGAGAUAUCGAGGGAGAGCCCCUUGUUCGGACUCCAGCUCUGCUUCCUCUUCCUCAUCGUCGUCGUCGUCCUCAUCCAGCGCUGCAUCUCCCUCUCCAAAAAGACUAAAGCGUCGUCACAAGCGUUCAGAGAGCAGUUCAUGUUCAUCCUCAUCACGCUCCGUUUCCCGCUCCCCACCUCGGCGCUACAGGUUGUCGUACUCAAGGAUGUCGAAGUGUAGCAGGUCCAGAUCCAGAUCUUGGUCCCAGUCCAGGUCCCCAUCCAGAUCACCAUCACAGCGGGUUUACCGUCGGAAGCUUAGAGAUGUUUACAGCAGCAGAGAGUCCAGGAAGCUCCGAAGAGAGCACGAGAUCAGGAUGCAGAAACUUAAAGCCAUAGAUGAGCGCAGGGUGGUGUAUGUCGGCCGCAUCUGCAGGACUAUGACACACGAGGAGCUGAGGGAACGCUUCUGUCAGUUCGGAGAAGUAGAGUGUGUGUCCCUUCACUUUAGAGAUAGAGGUGACCACUACGCCUUUGUCACUUUCUACAACAUGGACGAUGCUUUCGCAGCCAUCGAUAAUGGCGGAAAACUACGGAGACCCAAUGAGCUGCCUUUUGACAUCUGCUUUGGUGGAAGAAGACAGUUCUGUAACUCUCAGUACGCCGACCUAGGUGAGACUAAAACCCACAGUCAAAGUCAGGUGCAGAGUGCACUGCUAUAUUGAAGGCUUCUCCUCAUUGAGCUUUAUGUGCAAUGAAAGUGUCAGCGUGCCAGGUCAAACCCCUUCACUGUUACAGGCUUUGUACGUUAACUACUUCGUCAUACCUCCCUGACAUU